GAGAAAACCAAGGCUCAGGGAGACCAGGUGACUUGUUGAAGAUCACACAGCUAACAAGCGGCGGUACCAGAAGGGGAACUCAGUCUGUCUCUUCCCAGAGUCUGUGUUCAGACUGCAGCUCUACACCGCCAUGCCUAACCUAUCGUGUGACUUGGGCUACACUGUCUUCAGCUUCUGAAAUCCGAUUAAUAGCCCACAAGGAUGGAAACUGACUACCUGAAGAGGUGCUUCGGAAAUUGCCUGAGCCAGGCACUGGCAGAGGUGGCGAAGGUUCGGCCCAGUGACCCCAUAGAGUACCUGGGUCACUGGCUUUAUCAUUACAGGAAAACCGUUAAAGCAAAAGAAGAGGAGAGCCAACGGGAGAGCCAGUUGAAGGAAGAACAGGGUAAUAGCCUCAAAGAAACCGCAAUGACAGAAAUGCUGAACCAAGAAGCGUGUCAGAUUCAACAGAAGUGUGAAAAGUGUGACAAGCCACUGACAUCUGUAGCUAGUUCCACAAAGAAGACCACAUUCAUACAAGAGAACACAAAACCCCUUGAGAAGGAUGCCUUGAAGCAGGAAUCUCUGCCAGGUACUUCCAAUAUGAUUCCAGGAAUGCCUCAAUAGAGUCCCUCUCCAGAGUCUUCUGGGCAGACUGGCAACUGUGUCAAAACUCCCCAAGAAAUAAA